CACAAGCUGGCUGGCCUCAGUCAGUAUGUCUUCCAAGUCUUCCAAAGUUUCUUCCACAGGUUCCAAAGCCAAGGACCACCAGCCCUCAGGCCAGCAGCAGGAGCCAUUCCCAGAGGCAAAUGCUGAAGCCAUCAACUUCCUCAACUCCUUCCGGAUGGAGGAACUGCUGUUACUGUUCUUCUCAGAGACCCUGGCCAUCAUCUCGGACACAGGGGAGCCUCAGGGAGAGCUGACCAUUGAGGUGCAGAGAGGAAAGUACAAGGAUGAUCUGGGCAUCAUGUCCCACUGCCUCCUGGUACAUGCCUUUAGCCGAGGCUUCCUAGAUAAAUCGCUCUGUGGAAACUCCCUCCUAGGUUACCUCACCAAGAAACUGGAGCCCAUGGAACAACACAGUCAUGAGUUCAUCAAGUUCCCCAUCCUCCCCAUGGAACGGAAGAUGAGCUUACUGAAGGAAGAUGACCAGAUGGUUGUGACCACAAGUGUCAAGGAGGGUGAGGAAGUGAAGACUGGCAUCACUUUUUUCCCUUGGCACUCACUUGCGGGCUUCAUCUCUAGUGCUGCCAAUUUGGUGCUGCUGAGGGUGAUGGCCUGGCGGCAGACAGUGCCCAACGAUGCUCGUUUCCUGGCCUUGGACACAGAGGGCAAACUCUGCUAUUGCACUUAUCAAGCCCUGGGCUUCCAGAUGAUACAGGUGGGCCACCAGCAGGCUGAAAUGUUCAUUGUGGAGCAAACCAUCCACUCUGAAGAGGGCAUUCCCUUCUCCUGCCAGUUCUACCUUCUCUCUGAUGGGCACCUGGCUAAGAGAGUUCAGGUGGGCUCCCCAGGGUGCUGUAUCAUCACCAAGAUGCCCCUCUUGAGGGAAGAGGAUGAGAUUGAGCCUCGGCCGGAGUUUGACAAGAAGCCCCUGGUGUGGGAGGAGGAUUUGGAGCUGUACUCGAAAUUCCUGGACAGGAAGGAGCAGCUGCGUCUCAGCCACACCAGCUAUCUGCGGCAGCACCCCGAGGCCCAGGCGCUGGUCUCCGACUUCCUGCUCUUCCUGCUGCUCCGCCGGCCGGAAGAUGUGGUCACCUUCGCCGCGGAGCACUUCGGACCCUUCGCAGCGCAGCGCUCGCCGGUCCCCGCCCUGCGCUCCUCCCACCGGCCCAGCCCUUUCCGGCUGUUGGAGGAGGUGGAGGAGGAGGAGGAGGAGCAGGAGGAGGAGGAGGAGGAGGAGGAAGAAGAGGAGAUGUUGGAGGAGGAGGAGGAGGAGCAGGAGGAGGAGGAGGAGGAGGAGGAAGAAGAGGAGAUGUUGGAGGAGGAGGAAGAGGAAGAAGAGGAGAAAGAGGAGGAGGAAGAGGAAGAAGAGGAGGAAGAGGAGAAAGAGGAGGAGGAGGAAGAGGAAGAAGAGGAGGAGGAGGAAGAGGAAGAAGAGGAGAAAGAGGAGGAGGAGGAAGAGGAGAAAGAGGAGGAGGAGGCGGAGGAGGAGGACGACGACGACUACGAGAAUGAUGACUAUUUCGACGAUAAUGAUGACUACGACGGUGGCAAUGGCAAUGACGGCGGCGACGAGGACGCGGACGCUCCGGGCUUGAGUCCCGAGGGGAACUAGGUGGACCCGCUUAGAAGCGGGAGACUGACCGACCCGGGGUGGGCUCGCAUCCUGGCUGCGGCUUCUGCGGGGAAUAAACCGGGUCCUCCUACGGCUCUGCUGUGCACAUAGGGACUGUCCCUGGCCUGUGCCUUGUGUAAAAAUGGGAACCUUAACUUCGUACUUCGGCAGGUUUCAGCCUUUCUUACUGUUAUUUUCCUCAUUAUCCUAUUUCAGAGAAAAGAAAAUAAAGGCCUGUAUCCAGACGUGGUGGCUCUCAGGAGGCGGAAUCAGAAGGAUUGCCCUGAGUUCGAAGCUAGCCAGAGCUACACGGCAAGGGCCUGUCUCAAAAACAAACUAAAAGAGAAGGAGGAAGAGUGUAAAUGGAGUAGCCAGGGUUGGCCACCUGUAAUCCCAGCACUUGGGUAGCAGAGGCAGGAGGACCAGGACACUUUCAGUUACAUUCUGUGAGUUUGAGACCAGCCUGGGCUACAUGAAAUCCUGGUAGGUGGGGGAGCAGAAUUUGAACCUGAAGUUGGACGUGAAAGCCCAGGCUUUGUGGUGCUGGGGAGCAUCCUGAAUCUAAGCAUAAUCACUGACCAGCUAGGAAAAGAAUGCAGAAGAGUGGCGUGAUCGGCAUGGAACACCCUGCACCCUACCCCAUCCCCCUACCCCACCUCACCGCCCCACCCCCACCUUGCUAAGCGAACUUGUGCUCCAGGUCCUUGGUGCCCAUCAACAGUACAUGAGAGACUCCUCCUGACUGUGCAGGGGACCUGCAGUCACCUGAUGGGAAGAAAAAAGAAUGGAAAUGCCCAUCUCCCCAUUAGGCUGGCACCAGUUCUGGCCAGUGGCUUGUCUGCCUGAUGCUGGCUGUGGGCCCAGUAACCAAUGUUAGGCAAAUCCUCUGAAGUGGUUGUUAGUGGGGAUGCAGGCUCUGCACUUCCAUUCAUGCCUCAGGUCAUUAGGAGCCCUGCUACCUAGAAAUGGAAACUCCAGAGGCGCUCUGGGCUAAUGGGCAGUAUGAGCCCUAGCUAGCUAGCCACAAGGCUGGAGAAUGAAGGAGAGGCUGGUGUCUAUCACCAGGAAAACCCAAGGACUUCAGGAAGAACUGCCACUGAGCCUUGCAGAAUUUUUUUUUUAGUGUCAUUAGUUCCCCUCCCUUAAAAAAAAAAAAUCACAACUAAGAAAAGGAAAGUAAACCAAGGUUAGACCAACAAAAUUAUUUCAAUUUCUCUACCUAGAGGCAAGGCAGUCACUCAAUAACCUGACAGAUACUCUCCUUAGAGAUGAGAACAGCUACUUGCUCAGUUUUGUUUGGGUUUUUGUUUGUUUGUUUGUUUUUUUGUCUUUUAAAAGAGGGUCUCCCUGUAGCCCCAGCUGGCCUGGAACUCACUAUGUAGACCAGGCUGGCCUCAAACUCACAGAGAUCCACCUGCCUCCCAAGUGCUGGGAUUAAAGGCAGGCACCGCCAUGCCACCAUGCCCGGCCUUGUUUGCUCAGUAUUUAUUCUGUCAAACUUUUUUUUUUUUUUUUUGGAGACAAGGUCUCGCUAUGUA